CAAGUAUUGAAACUACAAUGUGUCCCUCGGGCCAGAGGUCCAGAGCRGGUGUGUUUGGUAACUGAGGUCAUUAAUAAUGAGAGACAGGCAGGCAGACAGCAGCUGCAGACGGACACACGGACAGACAGUACCGCAGAGAGCGCAGACAGGCUGGACAGGAGCAGCAGGCCCCGACAAACACAAACAGCGCCAGAAAAAAAAUAAUCCCCCCUCCUCCUCCUCCUUUCUUUCUCCCUGUAUUCCUGCCAUCUGCACCGCCCCUGCUCUCCCCACAGGACUAAAUACUUCCUUAUAUUAAACCACGAGAGAGUCUAUUUGCGAAGGAGAUAAUUAAUUUGAAGAAAAAUAACGCGUCGGUCCGACUGCGCAUCUCCGGGAUUGAYCAGGGAAACACUGCGCCAGUGUCCCGGCUGAGAGAGCAUCAGACCGGUGGAGCUCCGGAGGGUCUUCCUCCCUCCCUCCCUCCUCCUCCUCCUCCUCCUCUCUCGUCAUUCCACAACAUCGGUGCCGAAAAAUUAUACAGAAAAAAAAAAUCAUCGUUUCCAACAGGAUGACAACUUGCCACUGAAGUCACACUCCUUUACAACCAUCACAGAUUKUCUGGAGUGCUCUCCACCAUCUCUUCAAAGCCCAGAUCUGCUUAUUGCUUUCUGUUCAUUUUUCAAAAGCUUUCACACACCGAAAAUACCCAUAGAGGGUUCAAUACUAAUUCACCAAGACAGCCCCCCAAGCAGUCSCUCAGAAACAAACUGGUCUCUUUUUAAAAUUUCCUUACUCACUCCUUACAAACACAAUAUCUUACUGCUUUUUCAACAGUACAGGUCUAAAUAUCUUUCAUUCCCUGUUUCCAGCCUGCCAAUAUGGCUUCUCCCAAGUUGGGGUUAUCCGCUACUACCACUACCUCCUCUUCUCCGUUAUCAUCCUCAGCCUUACUAUGUCCUCCACCACACCCUGGAAGCCCCAGUCAGGUGCCUGAGGGUCCUCCCAGUCCUGUUACACCUAUACCAAGUCCAGGAUUGACGUCUGCCACAGCUGCACCUGUUAGGACCCAACUGAGUAUUGCUCUGAUCCUAGAGGAGCUCCGGGUGCUGCAGCAACGACAAAUCCAUCAAAUGCAGAUAACAGAGGAGAUCUGUAGACAGGUGCUACGUCUUGGUGGGGACUCCUAUAGCAUAGACACGCCCUCCCAGUAUCUCCUGCCUCCUUUGCCUCAGUUGUGCUUGGAAGGCAGCAAAAAUACGACCCAGCCAGCUGCAACUCAGCCCUCCACCACGGUGGCCCCUCUCCUGGCAUGUUUCUCCUCCCUGCUUCCCUCUCAGACAGCUAACAAACUCACACAACCAUGUACAUCCUUAUCUCAGAUUUUGCAGCCUCACAAAUCACAGAUGGAAGGAGCAAAGGGAACUGCAGUCYCUCAUGGUCCUCCAUGGGAGAGCUCUCAAUGUUCCCAACCCUUCACCACUUCCUCUGCAGGCAGCUCCAUGUCUUCCUCCACACAUCCUCUAGCUUUAGCUAUACCUAAUCGAUAUCUUCAUGAGAAAUCUCCUAAUACCACUUCAGCAAGUGGGCAGAGUGACAUUUCCUUUUUAAAUUCAUCCCUCUCCACACCAUUAUCUGUGAUCCCAAACUCACAACGCACAUUGCAGUCUGUCUCUGGUGGUGUUGACUUCUCAGCAUCUAGUUCCAACACUACGGGCCGCCUCCAGCAUGUGUGCCGUUUUUGUAGAAAAAUCUUCAGCAGUGAUUCUGCCCUGCAGAUACAUGUUCGUUCCCACACAGGGGAACGACCAUACCAGUGUCCAGUGUGCCUGAGUCGUUUUACUACAAGAGGCAACCUGAAGGUACACUUUCUUCGCCAUCGUGAACAAAACCCAGAGCUCUCACUUUCUCUUCUGCCACCAUCCUUAUUUGGGGUAGCAUUAGGGGCCCCUGGGGUCUCAGAUAUAGGGCAGAUCAUCAGCAGUGGUAGUAGCACUAGUGGAAUGAAUAUUACACAGAAGAAGCCAAAAACUAAGACUGAGGAUGAAAAGUGCAGAGAUAACUUGGAGUCCAGUGGUACUAGUAGUGGACUURCUUUGGGGACUUCUGAAGAAUCAGCUCCUUCUACACUGCCUCUACCUCCUAGUGUAGAUUUAUCUUUGAUUUCUCACUCUCUCCUGCAGCUAAAUAGGGCUGUUGCUGCUGCAGCCUCAAUUGCCUCCUGUUCAUCCCAGUCAUCCACUUCUGCUUCAACAUCCACUUCUUCUUUGGCUACCUCCCUUCUCUCCAGCCCUUCCUUGUCUUCCUCUUCUACCCUUGCUGGGUUAUUCAAAGGUUCCAAACAGCACUUUGAUGAAAACACUCCACCUCACGCACCACUGCUGCCUCCCGCAGCCUAUUCUCAGUUGGCCCACCUCCCAAAGCUUCUCUUCCCAACUACUUCCACUUCUUCCUCUUCCCAAACUGCCCACUCACCUUUGUAUAGCCACCCAGCAUUGGGCUUGCUACGUACGCAACUACCCUCUCUUGUUGGCUCCCAACAARAUACUUCUUCCAGCCAUUCCCAACUUCCUUUUCCUGUUUCUUCUUUUCCUAAAGUUCUUGGUCAACCUGCUACCACCCUUCCAUCAUUUCUGCCCUCCUCUAUAACUACUACCACUCCUACAUCUGAAACCUCAAAGUUGCAGAGACUGGUGGAGAAGCUAGAGAAGGCCCCUCCACUCUCCUGUUCUUCAUGGACUUCCUCUUCUACUACUGCUUCCAUGCUUGAGAUUUUAUCUGGCAGCCCUAAGUCCUUUUCUUCAAGUUCAGCCAACAGUCAUUUUACAAAUGCCAGCACCUCCACCACAUAUGUUGUGGCAUCUCCAUCUUCAAAUGUCCUUUCUACCUCUGUUUCACAGUUCACCCGUGAAAUGGUUGUUGCCCUAGGAAUGGGUGGCAGUGGAGCAAAUGCAAUGGUGGGUGGAGUGUUACCAUCACUAAGUACUGCUGGCUCACCACAUAACCUGGCAACCAAUCAGUGUGGGGUCUGUCUCCGGGUGUUGAGCUGUCCCAGAGCACUUCGGCUACACCAGGCCACACACCUUGGAGAACGUCCAUUUCCAUGUAAAAUAUGUGGGCGGUCUUUCUCAACUAAAGGCAGCCUGAGCUCACAUCUUGCCACCCAUCACGCUCGACCACCCAAUGCACGUGUUCAGAACUCUUGCCCACUGUGCCAGCGUAAAUUUACCAAUGCCCUUGUUCUUCAACAUCACAUACGAAUGCACCUUGGUGGACAACUGCCUCCAGACAGCAUAGAGGAUUCUAAACAGGAGAUGCCACUUGAAUCUAAUCCAAAAUCUUUGAUACAGUCACAGRCCCAACCCACUGACCAAAAUGCUGCUUUAAGUAGAACGCCUCCUCUAGAUGGCCACACUAGAGACCCAUUUUUAAGCUCYCAGUGUCAAACARCAACAGUUUGCUCAAUCCCUGUCAGUGUAAAUAUGGAUAAGAAAAGUCUCAGCAAGUCYCCAUCCCCCAGUCCUGAUAAAAUCCCCCCUUCCAACCUGAGCCCUGAACCCUUCCCAAAUCCCAUCACACAAACUCCACCACCAGACCUUGCGGACCCUCCUAUCCUUUGUGUCAAUGCACCUCUGCCAGUCUCACAGCAGUCAGAUAAAGCUUUGCCUACCUGCAAAGAAAGUCAUGCUCAACAACAACCCUCUGCUGAUAACCACAUUCCUACAUCUGAACCUUCACUCCUUCUAUUCAGUGGUAACAAAACCCCAGAGUCAUCUCCUGUAAUGCUAGAGGAUCAUGAAGAGUCUAAAGAAUCAUCUACUUUAAAUGCCUUCCCUGAUGCCACACCUGAUCUGGACAACUUACAAAGCACAACUGCUAUUAGUGCUCAUUUUGCUUACUCUCAUCCCAMUACAACUUCUGAUUCCAUUUCUGGUCAAGAAGUUUUUGAUGGUAAUGCAGAAACAGCUAUGGAAACAGACUCAGCCUCUCCAAAGCCACAGUCAWUGGAACCUAUGGAAGAAGACAAAGCUCGGUCUCCCUCACCUCCAACACCAAAACAAGACCAAGGACCUGUGCCUGACCCCAAACUAACCCCCAUGGUGGUGKAGACAGAUGAUCUAGCAUCCAAAGCUAGGGGUGAAUCACAAAGGGCAGUCACUUCUGCAAGAGAGACACGUCAAAGCUCUCAUUUUAGUUCAUAUAUGAGGGAAGAUUGUGUUGAAGGAAUUAAGAUAAGUGGACUGGUUUCAAAGGAAGCUCUGGAUGUUUCUGUGCCCAUCAACCUGGCUCCAACACUCCCAUCUCCAAUGUCACGUCCUGAGAAGAAGACCUAUUGCUGUGCUGAGUGUGGAAAAGAGUAUGCCAGUCGCAGUGGACUGAAGGGACACAUGAAGCAUCAUGGUGGAGUACCCAAAACAUCACGUCCACCAGCCAGAGGCAGUCGUUCGUCCUCUGACCAACUUCCCUCUUCUACAUCUAUGGCGUCUCUAAAUAUUCCAGCCACUAGGAGCUCAGCGGGUUUCUGGAACCAGUACCAAACCUUCCUCAGCACCAGUACUGACGGGACUAAUGACCAAGAUAUAAAUGAGUCAACACAGCCCCCCAAAAUAUCUGCGCGAUCGCAGAUGGAUCCGAGAAUCUCCGAGGAAGCUGGAGAGGAGUCAAGAGAAGGACCAUAGCUUGACAAUGCAGAGAUUAGUUGGGAAAUGUUCUGGUGUAUUCAAUCAUUGUUUGCCUUUUAGCACAUCUAUAUGAACAUGUGCAUAGUACUGCUUCCUUAACACAUUUCAGGCAACUAUCAAUUUGAUAGUCAGUAAUAUGUCUGUAUGUGAUUGUUGUAAAGUCACUCAGCUUGGUCCUGUUGUGUUAUCGCAGAAAAACAAAAAUCUGGGAUAAGUAACUUCACUGUGAUUAACUGAACUCAUCAGCAAGCCCAGAUAGCAUUGUCAGUGUCCUACUGGCUCAUCAAUAAGGAAACAAUAGAAUGUGUUUAACUAAUUUUAUGUCAUUUUGUAAAAAUGUUGAGGUUGUUGUGUCACAUUUUAAAUCUCAUCCAAAUGGCCCUAAAGGAGGUUCAAUCAAAUUAAAACCAACUGUUUUGACAAARGCUACAACCCAGCUUUGUUUCAAACCACUGAAUCCUAUAUCUGAGUCAUUUUAUUUGAUAUGCAGAAGAGAUUUUGCGCUGUAAGAGAAAACAAAUGUAUCAAUAUGAAUGUGCUAAUGUGGGUUUUAUUAAGUAUUUUGUUCCCAUAUUGUGGUUAUGAAAAGAAAUUGUUCAUGUUAUUGUAGUUCUCGUUUAUCUGUAUUGUUCCUGUCAAAACAAAAGCACUUCUGCAGUGUUUGUGAGCUCAGGGAGGGCAUGAGCUAGUUGGUGACCUUUGCCCUCCAGCUUUGUGAAUAUUUAGUGUUGUUGUACGAGUAAUCUGUAACAUCUUUGAAGAAAUCAAAGUUACUAUAAGCCUUUAGGUUUACAAAUAUAUAUCAAAGUCUGUGUCUGUUGUAAGAUGUACUUUCUGUAUCUCUAUAUUAAAAAAAGCCUUUUGAAAUAAAUAAAAAUAGUGAUUUAGUUCAAGGAAGACACAUGAAAAA